AUGAUAGAUAGUCCAUGUAAUUUGUGUGGACACAAGCUAAUUGCUCCCUUCUAUAGUUGCCCCACAUGUGAAUUUAAGGUGGAUUUGACUUGUGGGAUGAAACCAUCACCGCCUACUAUCGAGCGUCCAAUGUGUCAUGAACAUCCACUCGUCUUCUUAAAGAUACGAGAGGAUGAGGCAAAAGUUUCAUGUGAAUUAUGCAAGAAAUCUAUUGAAGGACCUUCGUAUGCUUGUCUUGGAUGCUAUGUGUACUUCCACGUGAAUUGUGUCCAUCUCUCGACAGAGGUACAUCAUCCUUGUCACUCUAGUCACCCUCUCAAACUCAUUGCAUCUUACACACUUACGGAUGAUGCCGAGAAGUCUUGUCUAAUAUGUGAACAACCAAAAGGAGUGGUUUAUCAUUGUUCUACUUGUAAUUUUACUACAUGCGUUAGCUGUACCAAAAAUCCACCACCCCUUGUUAUUGAACAUACCAAGACCCACGAGCAUCCGCUUACUCGCUUUUCUAAGAGAUUUUCAUAUACUUGUGAUGUCUGCGGUCAUAGUGGCGCUAGUUAUUCAAAUUGCGGUGUCUGCCACCAAUAUAUAAGUCAGUAUAAGAGAGCUUAUUCUUGUUCUGUUUGCCCUAACUAUGCAGUUCAUUUUUCAUGUGCGUUUAGCGGUUGGGAUGGUAUAGAAUAUGAAGGGAAACCUGAGAUCAUAGAAGAUAUUGCACCAUACAAGGUGGUGGGUGAUAACUUGAUAUGUCAUUUUAGUCAUGACAAACAUCCUUUAAAGAUUCACACGGGAGAUAUAAUUCAUGAUGAGCACAAACGAUGUGCAGCAUGUAUCAAUCCACUUGGAUUUGGCUCCAUCUAUGUUUGUGAGGAAUGUUGUUUCUUUCUCCAUGGAAAGUGUGCCAAUCUCCCUAUAAAGAAAAUUUUUGUAUUUGACUUCUUAAAAUACACGUUAAAAGCUGUUCGAGGAGUUAGUUACUGCAACUUUUGUAAAACAUUAUCUGGUGGUUUCAAGUACAUAGCGCAAGGAAGGGGGGAUAUAAAUGUACAUUGUGGUUCCUUAUCUGAGCCUUUCGUCUAUAAUGGCCAUAUACAUCCCCUAUAUUUAAAACUAGUUCAAGGCUUUUGCGGAGGAUGCAAUAUCAAAGUAGAAGGUUAUGCCAUGUGUUGUGAUAAUUAUGACUUUUGUUUGUGUUUGUAUUGUGCUAGUUUGCCAGAAAUGAUAUGGCAAAAGAAUGAUGAACACCCGCUCACUUUAUGUUCUGGCGUAAAGGAAAGCAGCAAAUAUUGGUGUGACCAUUGUGAGGGAGAAAUAAAUCCAAAUGUAUGGUUUUAUACAUGCUUUGAUUGUGGAGUAACCAUACACGCUCAUUGUAUACUAGGAGAUUUCUCACGACUCAUGCCAGGACACAUAAUCUACUUUAUGGGAAUAAUACUUGAGGUGGUUCUAAAUAAUCACAACACUCGACUAUUAUGCAGCCAGUGUCACUCUAGAUGCAAGGCCUCCGUUAUUCUAAAAGAUUACUAA